AUGGUCCAGCAUUUAGACAGAGAGAUAUUCAAAGGCCUGAAAAAGGUAGAAUACAGGUUAAACAACGGCAAAGAUGAUACUGGGCUGCUCUACCCAAUUUACAACCAUGGCAGAGGAUUCUACUUGGGUCUGUUAUUUUUCCUCGAGUUUUUUGGCAUCUCAGCUGGAAGUACAUGGCCUAUAGAUGCUGGUGCCUGCCAGAAAAUCAUUGACGGAAAGAUCAAGAUGAAGUCUGGUACUGCGGUCAACAGGAUCAUCAAGACCAGCAUCAUCUUCAAGGAUGGUAGUGAGCUACCUGCGGAUAUUAUUAUUGUUGCCACAGGCUUUGAUGACAUCCAUGUUCCAAUGCAGAAAAUUGUCAGCGAGGAUGUCGCCACACUAAUUCCGACUAUCUUUGGUUUAAAUGAAGAAGGUGAACUGCGAGGCCCCUGGCACAAGUCCAAAGACUUGCCUGGCCUGUGGCCCAUGAUGGGUAAUUUUGCUUGGGCUUGCUACUUUUUUAAGAUGAUGGCAUUGCAGAUCAAGGCAAAGAAAGAGGGAUUGUAUGGGACAUGCUAUGCAGCGCCGUCCUUCUAA